AUGGUCCGAAAACUCAAGCAUCACGAGCAAAAGCUCCUGCGCAAGACAGACUUUAUCACAUACAAGUCGGACAAUGGACAUCGCGACAAGGCUGUCAUUCGACGAUACAUGAUCCAGAAGCCUGAGGACUACCACAAGUACAACCGUCUCUGCGGAUCUCUGCGACAACUUGCCCACCGCCUCUCUCUCCUCCCCCCCGAGAACGCAACCCGCCGCAAGCACGAAGAGCUCCUCCUCAACAAGCUCUAUGACAUGGGCAUCCUCUCAUCAUCUUCCAAGCUAUCCGCGGUGGAGAAGAACGUGACGGUCAGCGCCUUUGCCCGUCGCAGGCUUCCUGUGCUCAUGACGCGGCUGCGCAUGGCCGAGACGGUGCAGGCGGCGACAAAGAUGAUUGAGCAGGGCCACGUGCGCGUGGGAACCGAGACGGUCACGGACCCGGCGUAUCUGGUUACGAGGGGCAUGGAGGACUUUGUGACGUGGACCGUGGGCAGCAAGAUUAAGCGCAACAUUAUGAAGUACCGGGAUCAGCUCGACGACUUCGAGCUGCUGUAG